AUGGCUGCACAGUCAGCACCGAAGGUUGUGCUAAAGAGCACCACCAAGAUGUCUCUGAAUGAGCGCUUUACUAACAUGCUGAAGAACAAACAGCCGAUGCCAGUGAAUAUUCGGGCUACCAUGCAGCAGCAGCAGCAGCUAGCCAGUGCCAGAAACAGAAGACUGGCCCAGCAGAUGGAGAAUAGACCUUCUGUCCAGGCUGCUUUGAAGCUUAAACAGAAGAGCUUAAAGCAACGCCUGGGUAAGAGUAACAUUCAGGCACGAUUAGGCCGGCCAGCGGGCGCCCUCGCUCGCGGAGCCAUGGGAGGAAGAGGACUGUCGAUGGGACAGCGAGGCUUGCCGCGAGGAGCCAUGCGUGGUGGCCGGGGAGCGAGAGCUCUGCUGAGAGGAGGAGUCCCACUCCGAGGUCAGAGCCUGCUUCGUGGAGGACGAGGAAUAUCCCCCAGGAUGGGCCUGAGAAGAGGUGGCAUUAGGGGUCGCGGUGGCCCUGGAAGAGGUGGUCUGGGCAGAGGUGCCAUGGGCCGCGGGGGACUCGGUGGCAGAGGUCGUGGCAUGGCGGGCCGGGGACGAGGGGGCUUCGGAGGUCGCGGCAGAGGCCGAGGAAGAGGAAGAGGAUCGCCGCGUCCCGCCUUGACCAAGGAGCAACUGGACAACCAGUUAGACGCUUACAUGUCUAAAACGAAAGGACACCUGGAUGCCGAGCUGGAUGCGUACAUGGCUCAGACAGACCCGGAAACGAACGACUGA